CCCUGACCUGCUCGGUCCCACUCAGCCAGGCUAGUUGAGCAUAGCAGAGCACAGGAAGCCCUUCUGAACACCAUGGGACUCACACAGGACCCCAACUUCCAAAAGCUGCAGGACUGGUACACAGCCCACGCCCUGAACCUCAACAUGAGGCAUAUGUUUGAGGCUGACAAGGAGAGAUUCAACAAGCUCAGCCUAAGAAUGAAAACUGAGGAUGGCGACAUUCUUCUGGAUUACUCCAAGAAUCUUAUCACUGAUGAAGUCAUGAAGAUGUUGGUUGAUCUGGCCAAGUCGAGAGGCAUUGAAGCUGCCAGAGAGAAGAUGUUCGCUGGAGAGAAGAUCAACUUCACUGAGGGUCGCGCUGUGCUCCAUGUGGCUCUGAGGAACCGCUCCAACACUCCUAUCAUGGUUGGUGGCAAGGAUGUGAUGCCAGAAGUCAACAAAGUUCUUGAGAAGAUGAAGGGUUUCUGUCAUAAAGUUCGCAGCGGUGAGUGGAAGGGUUUCACAGGAAAGGCCAUCACAGAUGUUGUCAAUGUCGGCAUCGGAGGAUCUGACCUUGGCCCCCUGAUGGUGACUGAGGCCCUGAAACCUUACUCAAAGGGUGGACCGCGUGUGUGGUUUGUGUCAAAUAUUGAUGGAACGCACAUCGCCAAAACCCUGGCACAGCUGAAUGCUGAGACGACUCUCUUCAUCAUCGCAUCCAAGACGUUCACCACCCAAGAGACCAUAACCAAUGCUGAGUCGGCCAAAGAAUGGUUCCUUGAGCAUGCCAAAGAUAAAGCUGCUGUUGCUAAGCACUUUGUGGCCCUUUCCACAAAUGGACCCAAAGUGAAGGACUUUGGCAUCGACACAGAGAACAUGUUUGAGUUCUGGGAUUGGGUUGGCGGUCGUUUCUCCUUGUGGUCUGCAAUUGGAAUGGCCAUUGCCCUGCACAUUGGCUAUGACAACUAUGAAAAGCUUCUUUCAGGAGCUCACUGGAUGGACAACCACUUCCGCACCGCUCCUCUGGACAAGAACGCUCCCGUCCUGCUGGCUCUGCUGGGCAUCUGGUACAUCAACUUCUUCCACGCUGAGACCCACGCAAUGCUGCCCUACGACCAGUACAUGCACCGCUUCACUGCCUACUUCCAACAGGGUGACAUGGAGUCAAAUGGAAAGUACAUCACUAACCAUGGAGCACGUGUAAACUACCACACUGGGCCAAUAGUGUGGGGAGAGCCAGGAACCAAUGGACAGCAUGCCUUCUACCAGCUCAUCCAUCAAGGAACACGCAUGGUUCCUUCUGACUUCCUGAUCCCAGCUCAGUCACAGCAUCCCAUCAGGAACAACCUGCACCACAAGAUCCUGCUGGCUAACUUCCUGGCCCAGACAGAAGCUCUGAUGAAGGGUAAGACCACAGAGGAGGCCAAGAAGGAGCUGGAGGCCAGCGGCCUGAGCGGAGAAGCUCUGGAGAAAAUCCUGCCACACAAAGUAUUCCAAGGAAACAGGCCAACCAACUCAAUCAUCUUCAAGAAACUUAGCCCAUACACACUUGGAGCACUUAUAGCGAUGUAUGAGCACAAGAUCUUCAUCCAGGGUGUCAUGUGGGAGAUCAACAGUUUUGACCAGUGGGGAGUCGAACUGGGCAAACAGCUCGCCAAGAAGAUCGAGGCAGAUCUCAAGGACAGCGCAGAGGUCCACUCCCACGACUCCUCCACCAACGGACUCAUCAACUUCCUCAAGACUAACUUUGCCUAAGUCGAGCACCCCCCUACCCCCACGCCCCACACUUUAUUCCACAUCAUUAUCCAUCUAAUCAGCUCAUGAGCUGCAAGGACAGGAGGCUCGUAGAGGCAGCUGGUCACUCCCACGCAGUUGAGCUGAAGCACUCUAUGUUUUUACUUUCAUUAUGAAAAAUGUGACUGUCUCCAGUGCUAUCUUUUCUAUGUUUGUUCGUCCACCACUGUGAGGAGAAAAAGCUUUUUGUAUUAGAGUUGUGGAAGGCAGAGUGAAAUGUGCUCUCGCUGUCUCUCCACUGUCAGAUAGUAGUUUCUGGAAUAAAUAUCUUUACACAAUACCAGUUUUAGUGUCAGUCAUAAUAGUAAAAAAAAUAAAAUAAACAGCCGUUCAUCGUG